UUUAUAUAGAAUAGAUAUUAAUAUAUAUUGCUUAAUUCGAAUUUAAUAAUAGUUUCAAUAAUAAUCUAUACUCCAAAAAUAUAAAGACUUCAUCAAGUUGCUUAGGACUAUGCAAUGGAAACACCUAAGCUAUUAUCUCCUCUCUCUCGUUGAAUUCCUGUAGUAUUAGUAUACCGACCCCAAUUUGAAAAUCAAAUAAAAUCAAACUAAAUAAAUGAAUUCUAUUGAGUCAACUCAGAAACAAAAACCCUCCAUCAAACCAAGUCUUCACAAAAUCCCAAAAUAAAAAUAAUUAUAAUAAAAGGCAAGAACAAGACUACCAGUUAUAACCGGUCACCUAAACCCAAUCACCUCCCUAUCUAUAUAUACACCCAACUCCACUCUCUCCAAAGAAAUAUUCGAAGUUGGGUUUAACCGUUUAAUUAAUUAAUUUCUUUCUCAAUAAACCCUUCCUUCCCCGCCAAUUUACUCGAGAACCAAGCAGAAAGAAGGAAAAUGAAAAACAUGGCGUUCUCACCGAAAACCCCUGAACACAGCUCCGCCAAGAGAAUAUCAACCAGCUUAGUGGCCUCCGUACUGGCCUUCGCCUAUAUGUGUUCGAAGCAAGCCGGCCGAGUCUCCAAGAAGCUCAAGUCAUCGAAGCUGACCCAAAACUCGAAAGCUCAUCACAUGGCUUCGUCCCAGCAGCAGCACCCCAUGAUGUCCCCGUACAAGUCGCAGCUCAUCGACAAACCGAAGCAGCUUUUCGCCACCAUAAGCAACAAGGCAAUCACCUUCAUACACAAUAAGAAGAGGUCCGACGACUUCGCGCACACCGGAGCGGGACACCGCGGCGAGGACGACUGGGGAGACGGCGGCGUUUGGCAACGGUCCAUCUUGAUGGGUGACAAGUGUCAGCCUUUAGAUUUCUCCGGCGUUAUCUACUACGAUAGUAACGGUAAGCAGACGACUGAGCUUCCGCUGAGAUCGCCGAGAGCGAGUCCUAUGCCUGGGUAUUUGGAGAGACGUGGGAAGUGAUAUUCUCACCGGCUAGUAACAGUCUCUGUGUCACCGCUUUGGAAAAAUUCGCUUGUGUCAAAGUAGACGGCUUCGUUUACUUUUUCAUUUUUCGUUUUUUUUUUCCAAGUCUAUGGAAAUUUUAGACAGAAUUGACGUGUUGUUAGUUGAUUGGUUGGGGGUCACAGAUGACACGGUCGUGAAUCAUGACGUGGAGAUCUCUUUUCAGUAUUAAGGUGUACACGUACGUAUGUAUAUACAUCAUUAGAAUACAUGUGAAACUUUCUAAAGAAAUUAUCUUUUCCUUUUUGAAGAAAGAAACAAGUUAAUUUGAUUGUAAUCUAGUAAUCUGUACUUAUUAAAUUUUGGCUGAGUUUAAUAAAAGGGUUAUUUGUCGA